CGACAACGUAGAGGUCGGCCUUGCUUGGCUCAAGUAGAGGACGAAGGGGAACCUGCGUAUGUUGGAGGUGUGAAGUGGUGUAGUCUUGCAACGUAAAGUGCAACACGUCGCUCAUUGAAUGUGCUUCAAUGCCUUCAGCAGCUCGCCACACGGUCUCCCUUGCUUCUCUACCGUAUCCUCCGCAUCCGAACCGUGCCUAGCUGCUCAUCCGCGAGGGAACUAGCGCAGUCCCGAGAAGGUGAGGCAGGAUGAGCUCGCACACAACGUCCAGAAGCAGAGGGAUCGGCAUAAUGCUCCUGCAACAUAUCCACCACGCGGGGAGGAGGUCUCUCACUAGCAGCGCUAGUGUGGCAAGGUCAGCAGCACAGGGCCAGACGCCAAAGGUGGUUCUGUACACCGGAACGGAUUGCUCGCUGUGCGACGUGGUCAAGGCCACACUCGAGGAAGUCAGGAAAGAGAUCCCCUACGAAGUACAAUACUACAACAUUCGUGAUGACUCGUUGCCGGACGUACACAAGUACAGAAGAUUAUACCAGUACGACAUUCCAGUCAUACACCUCAACGGCCAAGCAAAAAUGUCUGCAGCACAGGAGGCUUUCAAGCGAUACGUCGAGGUUGGACGUGUGGUCCUGAUCAACCAGGGAGAGAGCGAGGGAAAGCUGGCUGUCAUCGUUGAGAUCGUGGACCACAACAAGGCCAUUGUCGACGGUCCCUCCACUGGUGUUGCCCGCCAGGUCAUCCGAUACAGGUACACCACCCUGACUCCCUUCGUCGUACCUGGUCUUCCCCGAGGAUCUGGCUCGACAACUGUCAAGAAGUUCUUCGACAAGUCGGACGUGAACGAGAAGUGGGCAAAGAGCGCCUGGGCCAAGAAGAGGCAAGCGCAGAAGGCCAAGAGGGAGACCUCGGACUUCGACCGCUUCAACAUCAUGCUGCUCAAGAAGCAGAGGAGGUUCCUUGCACAGAAGGCUGCUGCCAAGCAGGCCAAGGCAUAGAUGAUUGGUUCUUGCUAGUUACAGAGCGUCAUGUACAUCGCUUCACUCUCGAGCUCGUCAAUUUUGUUUACCAGUCGACCCCGCUGAGUGCAGUGACAGGCGCUUCUUGGAGUACCGUCCCCUACACCGCCCCUGUCCCAGCCCCCCAUCGUGUACCAUCAGCACCGCCAUCGAUUCGAUUGAUUGAUUAGCACAUCACUUACCGACCCAAGUAGACCCC